GCUGCCGUGCCGCAGCCGCAGCAUCACCGGCGGCAGACUCCAAACUGCGUUUUCCCCGCCGCGAUGGAUCCCCGUGGAAACCGGUGAACUGCUAAAGCACUGGACUGUGAAGAGCAUACCGGCACGGAGUAACGGAGGAAUAAGAAGAAGACUAUUACGUUGUGAACCCAGUUUGUUUACCAGACUGAUAAACAGCUGGCUUGACGCUGAUGUUACGGCAUGUAAGAGCUGGAUAACUAUCCCUGUGUGACCGACACCCAUCUGCAGUUGAUUACAACACAAUGGAAGAGGUGAAUCCCGUCGAGGUCAGUGGACCCAAACUGAUUGGAGACAUGUUCUGAGCUUUAUAUAUCCGUUACCAUGAAAGGGUUAGGAGCCAGCCGCAGUCGGCACAUGUCUGACUCGUAUGAACCAUCGGGGUGCCCUCAGAAGCCUCUGUGCCCUCUGACGUCUGAUCCUCACAGCUCUUUCCUGUUGAGCCCUACAGUAAACCACUAUGGCACUUUGGACCCACAUCUACAUCAUUACACUCCCACCAGCCCCACCUCUCUGACCCCUGACUGUCUGCUGCCUUUCAGUCAGAUUCCCAACAGCAGCACCUUCCCUCGUCUGCAUUUUACCCCCCAGGCUGACCAGCUCGACUGCCCCCAGAGCUGUAUCCCUGGUGGUGGAGUUGGGCAGGGUGGAAGGGCUGGUACCCUGUCCACCUCCUUGUCUAUGGGUAUGGGCUUGGGUCUGGGUCUGACUGGUGCUCCCAUGAUCACCAGUGGAUCUGCCACCAUAUCCUCUGCAGCAGCAGCUAAGAUGAAUCGAUUGCCCUCAAGUCUCUUGGAUCAGCUUGAGAGGCACCUUCCCCUGCAGCGUGAUGGCUUCAGCACCCUGCAAUUUCACAGAGGACGAAUGUCCAAGCAGCGCAGUGAGAGCCCAGGUCGCAUCCGCCACAUCAUGCACUCUGUGCAGAAGUUGUUUGCCAAGUCCCAGUCUUUAGAGAACUCUGGGCUGAAAGGCAGCCUAAAUUCAACAGGAGGUGGUGAGGAAGGUAGUAGACCAAACCGCAGGAGCAAGAGUAAAGACAGGGCUAAGACUGAGGGAUCAAAACAGAGACCUAGGCCUAAUACACUCGGCCUUUGGGGCUCAGAUGAUGCUCUGGACACUGACACUACAAAAGCUGGAACUAUUGCUGUAGGUUACCGCAACCCACUGAGUAUGAUGACUCUUGGCAGAGCAGUGUCAGACAGCCAGACUGCUCUCAGACAUAUUCCACAGGGCUACAAUACAAUUUCUACACAUUCUCUCAAAACCUCAAAAAGCAGCAGUGACCUCAAGUUCCUGGCAUGCCCAGCGAUGCAGGUUGGAUCCAAGGAAGAGGAGCCAAGAAACAGGGAGAGCAAGGAUGACAUGGCUGUGAAAAGGGGCACCUGGUCCUCUCUCACCCUGAACCAGGCACGGCAAGUGUUGCAGAAAGGCUCUGCUACAGUCAACAGGACUCAAAUUAAGACAAAGUCAUGCCACCAGGACCUGGCUCAACAGUUUCUUCAGGUUCCCCUGGAGGACUGGACGGGAAGUUUGGUUCAUGGAAAAACCAAGGGAACGGAGAUCCCAUGCAGAAGGAUGCGCAGCGGCAGCUAUGUGAAAGCCAUGGGAGACCCAGAAGACAGUGAGGAAUCUGAGGGAAGCCCCAAACCUUCCCCGAAGUCAGCAGCACGUCGCCAGAGCUACCUGAAGGCCACCCAGUCCUCCCUGAGUGAGCAGCAGCCACCACCACCUCCUCGCAACUCCCUGCCAUCCCUCAAAGAGCUGUCCACAAAUCGGAGCCUUGAUAACCUGGACUUCCUGGUUAGCCCUGGGGAGGCUCCUCCGCACCACAGGAAGAGUGAUUUCAACCAAUGCUCUGGAACACUGGGCAGAGGCUUCGGCAUUCAGGUAUUCGCUCAGGGCUGUGGACACUCGUUACCAUACUGUGAGGGGGAACCAAAGGCAGUCGAGGCCCUGGAUCUGCCUGCACCCACGUGCUUCCGUUCUCGCAGUCGCAGUUACCUGCGGGCUAUCCAGGCGGGCUGUUCGCAAGAUGAAGACACGGCUUCUGUGGACUCAGAGACACCACCACCCACCGCUGUAGGCUACAGCUAUAGCUCCAGCACAAAUGUUCAAGAUCCCACAGGCGAACAGACACCCCUGGUGGGCCUGCAAGAAAUUCAUUACCUGCAGCAAGUAAGGCAGAUCCUAAAAAGUCAGCUGAAUGUCAGCAAUAGGAAGGCUCCUCCUCCAGUCCCACCCCGGUCAGCAUCCAAGCCUCUAAUCUCUGUGACGUUGCAGAGCAGCACUGAGUCAGCCCAAGACACAUACCUUGACCAACAAGACCGGGGUAGCGAGGUCAACAGCCAGUCGGGGCGCAGCAACUCGUCCGACAGUCUCUGUAGCAUUCGUACAGGCAGCCUGUUAAAGAGGACACAGCCUUCAAAAGCCCUCAUCUCAAUCAUAAGCCCCGCACCUGCUGCAAGCUCUGGACCUCCUGUUCCAGCCCCUCGUGACCUCUCCUCCACCACCGUUGCUACCACCACCACCUCAACAUCUACUCAGUCCCAAAAUGACACUGUGAGUACUGGUGCCACACUACAGCAACCCCCAACAGCUCCCAAGAGGAAACUUUCCUCUAUUGGAAUUCAGGUGGAUUGUCUUCCAGUCCCAAGAGAGGAGCCCUUACCCCUGUCUGCACCUCUAAAGUUUCAGUCGAUUGGUGUUCAAGUUGAAAACGGCAGGCCUCUCAGUCGGGAUAGCAGCAUGGCCUCCAGACAAAAUACAGAGACUGAGCCUCAGCUGCAGGAUGCCACACCCACAGAAAACGCAACCAAUUGCACCAACAACCAGACUGUGAAUAGCUCCACAACUAACGGACAGGACAAAGCCAUGGAACAGCAUCACCUUAAACACAUGUCGGCUCCAUCAAGGAUAUCCAACUCGCCUCCCGAGACUCUGGACCCAGCUUUAGACCCCUCCUCUCUGCCGCCUCCGGAUCCCAGCCUCGAGUCUGGAAACUGCAGCUCCCAGGGAGACGGUGUGCACUCCACUACGUCAGCGUGCCUCAGAGACGGGAACUGGUUUCUGAAGCUCCUGCAGGCAGAAACGGGCCGCAUGGAGGGCUGGUGUCAACAGAUGGAGCAGGAGACCAAAGACAACAAGCUCUCAGAGGAGGUGUUGGGGACAAUCCGUAGUGCAGUAGGAAGUGCUCAGCUCCUCAUGUCACAGAAAUUUGAGCAGUUCAGAGGCCUCUGUAACAAGAAUCUGAACGUUAAUGCCAACCCGAGACCAACGGCACAGGACCUUGCAGGCUUCUGGGAUCUCCUGCAGCUCUCAAUAGAAGACAUCAGCAUGAAGUUUGACGAGCUCUACCAACUAAAAGCAAACAACUGGCAACUUCCGGAGAAGAAGGAUGAAAACAAGCAGCUCCCAUCAUCUGUGCCAAAGAAGCAGUCCAAACCCCGACUGUCAACAGGGAAGGACAGGAGUGUAGACUCGGCUGUGGACAAGCAGCGGCAAGAAGCCAGAAAGCGGCUAAUGGCAGCGAAAAAGGCGGCGUCAGUACGACAGAACUCCGCCACAGAAAGCGCAGACAGCAUCGAAAUCUAUGUCCCUGAGGCCCAGACCCGCCUCUGAGAACAAACCACCACCGAUGAUCAAACAAAAUUCUGACUCACGUUCAGAUACUCGUUGACACAAGACACACAGUUCUGAGAUGAACACACAGAUGCGUAAAAUAGAUCCAUAGAGGCUGAUCGCAACUGAUGAAAAGGACGUUAGGAUCACAGAGCACCAUAAUAUUCCAGAUCGUGAUCCUGCCUCCUUGGGACAGAAAAAACAUUCACAGAUGUUUAAUACUAUUGUUAUUAUUGUUAUUGUUGAUAUUAUAAUUAUCUCCUAAAAUAUUUCAAGACUGUCUUUAAUUGUGCAAGUAUCUUGGAUUAGGAUAUUAUGUACCUUGUGAACUGAAAAAUCUUGGUAUUCCAGAAGUUUGCUUUCUAGGAAAAAUAAAUUCCCCUUAACUGCUGAGUCGACCGGCAAAUUGUGGCUGUGCGGUUUACGAGCUGAGCGACCAUCCACACACACUCAGGACACACAUGCAGGUGUACUCACUGUCCACAGAGUCUUCCUGUUCUCUCUUUGUAUUUGGCCGGUGGUGCAAGAUCUUUACUGUGUGAGGAAUACAAGAUGGCUUUUGAACAGAAGAGAACCAGAGGAAGGCAGUAGCAUAUAUUAUAAAUAACACACUAUUACAAUGUUAAUUUUGUAAAUGCUGUAUACCAGAAUAAUUGUUAGAAAGAGGUCCGUGUUAAGCACCAAGUUAGUUUUUUAUAAAUCGAGUACAUUUACUGUCAUGAUGUAUAAGCACUUGUUGCAAUCAUUCACUUUGUCUUUCUCUUCUAUUACUCCCUUUCACAAACAUUCAUCGCAAGCUCUCAGUCAAUAUCCAGUCUUAUGUUCAUUUCUUUUUGUUUUUGAGUAAGGGAUUUAGGGAAUGACUGCUUAAUCGGUGAGCUACAGUGGAAUGUAUGAAUUCUGACUUGAUCACUGCACUUUCAGUUCACCACAGAUCAAGUUUGGCCACCUUUAUUUUCCUAAUCAUUCUAACUUUUCACUGCAUCCUGAUGGGAUGUGGGGACCAAGACAUUCACCUGUCAAUGUGGCAUUCCCGUUCAACCAAACCGUGGGGUGGGGGUGGUUAUUCACUCCUGGAAAGGAAUAGAGUAGGAAAGCAAUAAUCUAAUUGUAUCAGACUAAUGUAAGCUGUAGGUGUCCAUUCUUAAAUUGUUUAAUUAGCUUUAACCUAAAUGUGAAGGACAAAUGCUUUUGUCAAACUGUGCUGUUAGAAUGACAAAUCUCAGGUUGAACAUUUGAUAGUGAAACCACUCUCGAUUGAAUAUUUUCUUUCUAGGCCUAAAUGAAUUGGCUACGUGCUCUGAACGAUUAGAAAAACGCUACUUAUGCAUCCAGACAUCAUCACUAAGGGAUACUGUCCCCCCACCUCCGCCACCCCCAAAGUGUUACGCAACUUUAUAAAGUCUUAAGAUGAUUAAUGUCUUUAUUCUCCAUUGUUGCAUCAUGAUUUGUUUUUGAGAAUCAAAAACUGAGGUACAAUUGUUUUACUUUAAGUUUUAAUGUAAUUUGACAUUUUUGACUUUCAUCUUUAAUAAAUUAAAUAAACAUGUCAUUUUAAUAAAUAUUUGAAAUGCAAAACAUUUUGUAUUCCACCAAA